AUGGCGCUUGGUCAGUUACAGCACCUGGAAACCUUGUUCGUCAAGACCGGGUGGCUAUCUGCACAGUGCCAGGCCUUCAACGCAGAGAACGCCCAAGCCAUUGCAAACGGCACCAAGUUCAGGCAAAAUCCCAAUUUGUACGCGUUGGACACCUUCGUGGUGACUCCUAUGUCCAAGCCAGGGAAUUGCAAAGCCCGUGAAAAGGACAAAUUAGAAACAAUUGCAAGGGCAUGUAGAAUGUCGUCAUCAUUUUCGGAGCUCGUGAAUCCAUUUGGCCUCUUGGUUCAUAGCUUCGUGUCCCACUACUGGGGCCAUGACUUUAGCAGCACCGUGACGGCUCUUGACCUCUGGGCAGAUGCAAAUUACGACAGAAUGACGUCAGAGAAGCAGUCUUUGGUCUUCUGGAUCUGCCUAUUUGCUUUGAAUCAGCACAAUGUGGCUGAGGAGGUUGGAGAAAAUCCCCGGCAGGGGCCAUUCAAUGCAGCACUGGCGCAAGAGCUGGGUCUAGCCUUCGAACUGAUCUGUAGCGAAGGUUCCUUGUCCCAACCUGAGACCUGCGGGAACCAAGCUGUGAGCACCAAGAUGCUGGAAGCAACAUGUGAGGCGUUGUGGAACGUGUCAGCCGCCAGGGCGCAAUGUUCAGUGGAGGCCGACAAGUACCAGAUCUGGCUUGAGGUCACCAACAAAACUGUCAGGGGUUCCAUAGAUCAAGAAGGUGCUAAACGCUUCUUCGAAACUUUGACUCAUCAAAGGGAUGCUGAUUUCAUGGAAAGCAUCUUCUCAGACUUCCAUCGCUACAUCAAGUCCUUGCUCUCUACCACAGUGCUUCAGCUCCUGCUGGCCAGGGGCCAGUAUGAUUCGGCAGCGAAGUGCUGCCUUUACGGAGCGUGCUAUGGCCCUGAGCAGCUGACAGAAAUCUGCAACAAUUUCCCCCAUGAAACUGAACGGAAACACUGGCUGAACGAAUUGCUGAUGCAGGCAUCAAUUGCAUCCACAGCGCAGCUCCUUUUAGACCUCGGUGCUGAUGCACGGGCAGCAAACAAAGAAGGUGUCACAGCACUGCAUGAAGCUGCCUGUCACAACCACCCGGCUGUGGUCGAGAUGCUGUUAGAGCACCAUGCGGAUGCAAGGGCAGCAGACAACAGUGGCGUCACGGCACUGAUUGGUGCCGCUCAUCAUGGCCAUGUGGCUGUGGUCACGCUGCUAUUGGACCACCGCGCUGACAUAAGCGCCAGACAGAGUGAUGGUGGCACGGCACUGAUGGCUGCUGCUUCAGAUGGCCAUGUGUCUGUGGCCAAGCUCUUGUUGGAGCAUGGUGCUGAUGCAGGAGAAGCAGACAAUGAAGGUUCCACAGCACUGAUGCAUGCUGCAACAGGUGGCCAUGAAGCUGUGGCCAAGCUCUUGUUGGAGCAUGGUGCUGAUACUGGAGCAGCAAAUAAUGCGGGUUCCACAGCACUCUCGUGUGCGGCUGCAGGUGGCCACGUAGCUGUGGCCGAGCUGCUCUUGAGGCAUUGUGCUGAUGCAAGAUCAGCCGCGAAAGUUGGUGUCACAGCACUGAUGCUUGCUGCUGCAGCUGGCCAUGUGGCUGUGGCCACGCUCUUGCUGAGGCAUGGUGCUGAUGCAGGAGAAGCAGACAAUGAAGGUUCCACAGCACUGAUGCAUGCUGCAACAGGUGGCCAUGAAGCUGUGGCCAAGCUCUUGUUGGAGCAUGGUGCUGAUACUGGAGCAGCAAAUAAUGCGGGUUCCACAGCACUCUCGUGUGCGGCUGCAGGUGGCCACGUAGCUGUGGCCGAGCUGCUCUUGAGGCAUUGUGCUGAUGCAAGAUCAGCCGCGAAAGUUGGUGUCACAGCACUGAUGCUUGCUGCUGCAGCUGGCCAUGUGGCUGUGGCCACGCUCUUGCUGAGGCAUGGUGCUGAUGCAGGAGAAGCAGACAAUGAAGGUUCCACAGCACUGAUGCAUGCUGCAACAGGUGGCCAUGAAGCUGUGGCCAAGCUCUUGUUGGAGCAUGGUGCUGAUGCUGGAGCAGCAAAUGAUGCGGGUUCCACAGCACUCUCGUGUGCGGCUGCAGGUGGCCACGUAGCUGUGGCCGAGCUGCUGUUGACGCAUGGUGCUGAUGCAGAAGCAGCAAGGAACGAUGGUGUCGCGGCACUGAUGGCUGCUGCAAAAAAUGGUCACGUAGCUGUGGUUGAGCUGCUGUUGAUGCCUGGUGAUGAUGCAAGAGCUGGGUACGAAGCUGUGGCCAAGCUGCUGUUAGAGGAAGGUGCUGGUAACGAUCGUGCCACGGCACUGGUGGCUGCUGCUGCAGGUGGCCAUGUGGCUGUGGCCGAGCUGUUGUUGAUGUAUGGUGCUGAUGCAGGAGCAGCAGACAAUGAAGGUUCCACAGCACUAAUGCAUGCUGCAACAGGUGGACAUGAAGCUGUGGCCAAGCUCUUGUUGGAGCAUGGCACUGAUGCAGGAGCAGCAAACAACGAAGGCUCUGCAGCACUGAUGCCAGCUGCUGCAGGUGGCCAUGUGGCUGUGGCCGAGCUGUUGUUGAUGUAUGGUGCUGAUGCAGGAGCAUCAGACAAUGAUGGUUCCACAGCACUGAUGGCUGCUGCAGCAGGUGGACAUGAAGCUGUGGCCAAGCUCUUGUUGGAGCAUGGUGCUGAUGCAGGAGAAGCAGACAAUGAAGGUUCCACAGCACUGAUGCAUGCUGCAACAGGUGGCCAUGAAGCUGUGGCCAGGCUCUUGUUGGAGCAUGGUGCUGAUGCAAGAGCAAUAAGGAACGAUGGUAUCACAGCACUGAUGGCUGCUGCUGCAGGUGGCCACGUGGCUGUGGCCAAUCUCCUGUUGAACCAUGGUGCUGAUGCAGAAGCAGUAGAUUUAUCAAUGACGGCUGCUGGUGCACAUGGCCAUGAAGCUGUGGCCGAGCUGCUGUCCAGAGAAUUGUUUAGAUUUGACAGGGGAAUCAUUUCGUUGUAGGCUUUCUGGCUGGUGGAAGCAUCCAAUAUCAGUUUCCAGAUCAAUCUCAAUGCAUUGUAUUGAAAUUGUAUAGCUAUAUCGAAGAGUGCGGAAAGAAAACGGCGCUGUCCCAAGCACGCGGUUAACUUGGAGCGACCGGUGAAUUUCAGCGGUGAGUUGGAUGGGA